AUGGGCUCUGAGAUUAAUGUCAGAAAUUCGCGGCAGUUUGAUAGACUUUCCAAGAUAGUUAGUGAGGAAGAGAAAGCACAGCAAGAAGAUAGAUGGAAGAGCACAAAGAGGUGGCUGGUCGACAAUAAGCAUUGCAUUACCACUGCAGUGCUUCUACUUAUCUGCUUGGGCUUGAAUUUGGAUAAAAAUAUGAAUCCAAACUCGUUUCUCCCCUGCAAGUUUUUUAGCAUUACACUACUGAAGUAUGGCAUACUUGCAAAUCUAAACUUGCUCACAACAAUAAUAACACUUUUCUUCUCGCUACUUCAUAAAAGCCUUAUUGAGAAUAUGUAUCUUACAACAUUAAUAAUUUCAACGAUUAAUGGUAUUUCUAAUAGUCUGGAUCGCAGCAUGCGGUUCUUUCUUGCAAAUAAAGAUACAAAGGAAGCGUGGUAUACCGGAAUUAUUCAGUCUCUGUACAAAACGCUAUCUGAAUACACAACUAAUGAAGAAAGAGCUGACCAGAUCACAGGGGUUAUAGAAAACUCUGUAAUCUUUUCUUUAGAAAAGGCCCGGAUUAUCUUAAUAUGGAUAAGCCUGUUCUUUAAUGCUAUAUCGCUAUUUUCUUAUAUUUACUUCUCUUUCUAUGGAAUCGGUCUUAUUAUUGGAAAUUUUCAUCUUCUUCCAGUAUAUACAAGCUAUACAUAUAACAUUAUCAUGCGUGUUAUUCCGUUCAUUGCUAUUAUAUAUGAUCGGAUUUCAUUUACGCGUAGAAAAAACAACAUUUACUACAGUAACUACAUGUACUACAUGUCACUAGUUAUGUAUGUGCUUGUUUUGGUAGUAAUUAACAUUAUAGCAAAGCUAUCUGAAAACAUCUGGCUAUAUAGUUUCUUUGAUAACAUUUCUAUAUCUGUUUUUUCGCUGUAUGCGGUGCCUGGCAUUAUUACAGCAGCAAUCUCUUUUUUCAUCAUUUUUCUGGUUAAUUUGCUUUAUAAAGGAAGGAUAGUUGCUAUUUAUGAUAAUAUAAUGCAAAACGGAAUUGAGGCAUAUUGCAAAAACUCGGUUGGGGUUAUCAACACAAUGCUAAGCAUUCUAUGUGCUUGCAUAGUUAUGCUGUGCAUGUACAAGCUGUCUUUUUUACUAUGUGUAUUCACCCCAGGAGCUCUAGCAGCCUUUGGCAUAAAAAGCUUUGAUACUGUAAAACUCUAA